UUUCAACGUUCCCUAAGCAACAAUUCUCGCGUGACUCUGCAGCACACGUUAUCUCCCGGGAACUUGAAGUGAAAAUGGCCACUGUUGACAAAAUUUGCCGUCUGCUAGAUGCUUUGCCAGCUUCCAACGAGCCAUUGUCAGUACUAGAGGAACUUAAGCUAUUAAUUUUUGCAACGCCACCGAGCAGUUUAAAAGAUGUAGUGCCCAACGUGUCGUUUGGAAGUGUCUUUGAUUGUUUAAACACAGACGACGGCGAGCUGUUACAGGUGAGCUGUGAUGUGCUAGGACGACUUCUGGAUGGUUUAAAUCCUCAGGCUAUCUACAUCAACUUCCAGAGUGAGAUGAAGAGAGGGUUGGCUCAUCCACUCAAACCAGUCAAACUUCUGGCAUUGUCCAUGUUGACUCGGUGUGGAGAGGCUUGUCCAGAUGACCUGGCCCAUAACGAAGACCUUCUGCUGACGACCACCCAGUUACUGGCUGAUGACAGCCUAGAAGUGGCCAAGGCAGCCAGUCAGGCUCUCCUACAGCUAGGUAAAACGAAAGAAGGGUUACAUGCCAUUUACCAUGGACAGGUUUUCAGUAGGUUACAGGAGGUCCUCGAAAAGAAUGAUACCUGUCGUUACCGUGUCUUUAAGUUUGUAGUGGAUGUGUGCAAGUUGUCUCCCCUUGGUCUGGAGCACAGCUGUCAGUCUGGCCUGCUCACACAGAUCAUCAAUGACCUGUACAAGGACGAUAUCCUUGUCCAGCUCAACUGCCUGGAGCUCCUCACUGACCUGGCCUCCGUCCAGCACGGACUACACUAUCUCGACCAGCAGGGUGUCAUCAGUAAGCUGGAGAACAUGAUGGGAAAGAUGGACGAAGACCCAAUGGGAAGCCUUCUCCUGCCAGGGUUAAUCAAAGUGUUUGGGAACAUUGCACGCUUCCAUCCCAAGGAGGUGUUUGAGAAGUACCCCACAUUUAUGUCACUGGUGUUUGACCUGCUUAGCAGCAGUGAUGUCACACUGAAAGCUGUCGCAGUGGAAACAAUUGGAUUUGUGGGAAGAGAAAUGGAAGGCAAGCAGGCUCUGGAAAAAUUAGGAGACACAAUGAACAAGGCUGUCAGACAGUUGGGGGUGAUUAUCAAAGACUCGCCUGCUGAUAUCAGAGUGAAAGCUCUCCAUGCUUUUGCUGCUCUCAUGACUUUAGAGCUUGCGGACCAGACAACAGAGUUACUGGCCCUGACGGAGAGCUGGUUCCAACAUAUGGCUCCCAAACCUUUUGAAGUCUUGAUGUCCCUUAGUCGGCAGCCCUUCCCUGACUUGAGGUGUGCUACCCACAGUGUUUACCAAGCCUUAGCGCUACAGGUUUGGGGACAGAAACUAAUGAACUCUGACCCGGGCUUUAAGGAGUACUUGCUGGAUCGGACCACAGAACACGAGAAGGAAGGGAAGGAGGCGAAGUUUGAGACUGUGCGGAUGCUCGCUGAGUCUCCGACCACCAAGGAGACGCUGGGGCGGCCGUUCUACAUCAGUGUGAAAGAAUAUUACAAUGAGGGACCGUUCUAUGUGAAGGCUCAGACAGAAGUGGCCAUUGAAGGCGGCAGUUAAGGGUGGUCUGUUCUGCAGCUUCACACAUGCUUAAACUGCAGCAGAAAUAGUGUCUCAGUGACAUAAAAAUUUUCUUCUGAGCAAUCCAAGAUGUGCGUUCACAGUUUCUCAUUAUUAUCGCUGAUACAUAUUGUGUCAUAAAGCUAUUUAUUUAUUUAUUUGAUUGGUGUUUUACGCCAUAUUCAAGAAUAUUUCACUUAUACAACGACCGCCAGUAUUAUGGUGGGUGGAAACUGCCAUAAAGCUAUGAGAGGCCUGUAUCAGAAGCCACAAAAAUGUAUCUAGCGUAAUGUGACAUAGUCAGAGAUACCCUAAAUGACCCCAAAAUUUCGUCCAUGACUAACUUGCCCAUUUUUCCUAAUUCUAUUGAUUUUAGAAAGGUGUUUUGAGGUUUGUCUAGAACAUGGGAUGAUAUUCUACUGGCAAAUUGUAAGGUUCAGAACCAAAGCAAUAUUUUGUAACAUUUAUUUACCUCUCUAAAUGCACUUUUGUGGGCGAAAUUUUAGGUCUUUUAGGGUAUGUGACCAUGAUCAUAAAUGUGCAUAACACUGGUGCAACGGCUUUUGGAAGAGUACUGUCCCCUGACUAUGAGUAUGUGAUGUAUUUGUCAACACAUUGAAUGCUCCAAGAAUGACAGAUGUGGGCUCAAACGUCUUCGUCAGCUUUUGUGUGCUCCAGUUUUGAGGACUUUCAUCUGAUCUGAUUGUCUUACACUGUCAAAAUGGAGCUUUGAAAUAAAAUUACACAAUCAUUAUCUUGAAAGUUAACACCAAAUUGUUCCUCCAGCAUAUCCAGCACACUUUGAUAUAAAGGAGUAAAACUAUGAACCUGACAGAAUACCAAGCCGACAAAUCUGCACUUAAAUGUUUCUCAGGUGAAUGUUACGAGGUUAUGAAACAGAAAACAUCGUUCGUUUCAAAUAAGUGCCCUGUAUCCCCGUUCCAUAUACUUCUAAGCCAGCUCACAAUAUUAUGAGGGUGUGUGUUUAGUGCUACAACAACUAAAGCACGUACAGGUCUGCCAACAACCUGCAACUGGUUGUGGGUUUCCCCCGGGCUCUGUUGGGUUUCCUCUCACCAAAAUGCUGGCUGCGAUCGUAUAAAUGAAAUAUUCUUGAGUACUGUAUUAAACACCAAUCAAGUAAAUAAAUAAAUAUCACGUGUACUAAUGUUCAUUUGGAAAUACAAACGGGCAAUGCAAAUGGGAAUGUUUAUAUUGAUAUAGUGAGGUAAUAGAUGCAAUUCUGUGUUAUUUAUUUUCAACUCCUUUUCUUUGGUAAGAAGUCAUGCCCAUGUUUGAUUUUUUUUUGUAAUGGUCGGGAGAGGAUGGGGCUUAUCUCUCCCUUCAGCUUUAUCUGAUUAUCUCCCCUUCUUCGUCAUCAUGAGCACAAUUUUGGCUACGUGGAUACAUGUACACAGUUUUCUGUCUUAAAUUUAAGCGAGUUUAAGCCUGAAAAUAAGGUGAACACCCUAUCAAAUAAUAAAGGCUCUAAUUUGUUAUUUGACAACUUUAAUUUUCUUUCCAUGUGUUUACAAGUGAAGGUGUGGAAAGACUUCAUUGUGGACAGAAAUUGGUCAUUGAGGGAUUGGCACUUGAACAUGAAAUGCUGUCACAGCUGUAAGGUAGCGGAGUCAAAUCCAGUCCUAGCUAAUUCAGCAGAAACUCUUAAUUGAGGAGG